UCACUCAUGUUCAUCGCACCAGGAAACACGGAAACAUCUCCACCGUUGGUCGUCGUCCCAGCUUGAUCUAUCUUACUCUUGAAAAUCCCAGGGCCGCGACGAGGUUAGCAACCCCUUGGACUACUCUAGGCUCCGGCAUUAUCUGAUACUGGGGGAUUGGAGGCGAGCACUCCACUUAUUAUGGAAUCUUAUCCGAUGAAUAGGGCACGAUUCUUUUCUCCACCAUGCCUGUCGUUAUCCGUUCCCACCAGAUACGAGAUGUGUUCACAGCUAGCUACCAUUUCCCGGAGGACGAGCCCGACACCAACGACUACCCUUGGCUACAGGAAGUAUCCGGAAACGACGGAUCUCUCUGCCAUACAUGCGCUCGCUUGCACUUUUCGUGGUUGUUCAAAAACUCCGUAUUCGACUACAAUGUCUCGGAUGGCUCCUUGACGUCUCGGCUGGUUGACGGCAUCUGCCUCGGACCGUUUGUCAAUGUUUUCAACCGCCGCUCAUGCUCAUUCUGCCAACUCCUGGCUCAUUCCCUGACCUACUGGGCGGAAUAUGACAUGAUCUUCGACUCCGAGGGAGGGGAAAAUCGCAACAUAUAUCUCGUGAACAUGGUAUCUACCAAGAGAGGGACCAAACUGAGUCGGGGCCCUGAAGAUGAAGAGAGCGCGAUGCGCCUUGGGGUUAGCCUAAAACAACUCAACGCUGAGGGAAUAAACAUGGGCUUCGGGAACUCAACGGCGGCGACAGCCAACAUUCAAAGACUCGAUGCUGGACGCACAUGGCCCUAUGGCGGCCUCCCUUCGGCGAAAGACCCGUCUGAACUCAUUCAGCGCAUCAAGCAAUGGAUCACGCCGUGUCUCAAUGACUUACAGAGUCUCCAGCAUUCCGCGAAAAACCCAGAAGCAUGCGCGUCUAUACGGCUUAUCGACACAGAAAACGCUUGCAUAAUAGGCCCGCUUCGUAGAGAAAAUUACGUUGCAUUGAGCUACACCUGGGGAAGGAUUGACCCAUUGGUUCUCAAACACGACAACGAGCACAUACUCCGCCAAGCAGGCGCGCUUGAAAACUGUGGGGACAGGUUGCCAACGACAAUCCGAGAUGCCAUCACUCUUUGUAAGAUGCUUGGGCUUACGAGAAUUUGGGUUGAUAGCCUCUGCAUCGUACAAGAUACAAAGGACAAACAUGACCAGAUACAGCAGAUGGAUCGAAUUUACCAAGAAGCCACGCUCACGAUAGUUGCAGCUGCUGGAAGAGAUGGCAAUGCUGGCUUACCCGGCGUAUCCAGUAUGCGUGAAACCGGACAGCGCAUCAUCAACAUCGGAAACAUGCAAUUGGCUAAUGCCCUUCCUAAUCUAGGGGCCUCGGUGGCUAGUUCCUUCUGGUUGUCCCGCGGUUGGACCUUUCAAGAGGGUCUCUUGUCAGUACGAAAGCUGAUUUUCACUGCGGACCAGACAUACUACCAUUGCCCACAUGGCGAAUGCAGUGAGGAUACGGAUAGCGGUUUGCAUCAGUCUUUGGUCCCUACAUCCUCAUCCGCACUGCGACUAAGUUUUCGGAAUGGGACGAAUUGGACUACGUAUCGCGAUGUCAUGAGUGCAUAUUGCGCACGGGAGCUUUCAUACGAAUCAGAUGCUCUAAAUGCCUUUGCUGGAAUUGCGGCAUACCUGAGCAAAUCGAUCUUUGCGUCCUCUCCGUUCAUCGCUGGCAUACCACUUUGCAGCUUGGAAGUCGGGCUAUUGUGGCAGCCUAGAGGGCGAUUACGUCGCCGACGCGACCCUCAAAACGGAACGUACCUAUUCCCUUCCUGGUCUUGGGCAGCCUGGGAUGGCAACAUGGAGUAUUGGGAUCACCUCGACGCCGACAACUUAUUCGAAAGAACGAUCAGCCAUCUCACCCUUCUCAAUGCUCAAGGCGAGCAGAUCCUUACAUGCAUGCCACCGCCAACCUGGCAUGACUGGCCUCCGUGGACGCGUGAAGUUUCCGAAGAUACGGAUGAAAUAUACUACUUGCAUGAGAACCUUCCCCCUGACCGAUGGUUCGCUCAUCCAAUAGACGCAUCAGUCACCAGAUGGGAUCGCCCCACCGCAGCACUCUUCCAUCUCCCAGUAGAAGCCGACGUAGCCGAGCUCAAGCUGACCGGCGAGCACGCCGACCUCUGGUAUCGAAGCGAGUCGGAAUGCGACCAAGGAACCUACGAGAUGUGCUGGCUCCAAGUAUUCGAUCAGAACAAUCACAAAGCGGGCACUGUGAUCAUGGACGGUACGACCUUCGAGGCGACAGACUUCACGAACCCCCUGAUCUCUUUCAUCAAAAUCUCGCAAACGACGCUUGCCCCCGGCCGAGAUGACCCCGCGUGGGAUGACGAGAGCAAGACGUACAAGGGUAGGCCGGGAGAGCUUGCAAUCAAUCCGCGGCCGCCGCUGGAGCCUGAAGAAGCAGAGUUCGAUCAAGACGUUUAUGAUUUGAAUGUUUGUUGGUGCUUGUAUAACGUGCUCGUGGUUAGGUGGGAGGGGGAAGUUGCGCAAAGAAUCGCGGUUGGGCAGGUGCAUAUUCAUGCGUUUGAUGGAGCGGGACCGACGAGAAUGAAGUUGACUCUUGGGUGAUGUGCCAUCUAUUCAACCAAUCUUCGAUAUUCGACAUGCGCGCAGUGAAACCAACGACGCAAGCUAAUGCGGAAGAAUAAUCAAUCGAGCUAGGUGGAGUAGCUUCGGCAUCAGUCUUGCCAUCGUACUUG